GAAUAUGAGCGCAAGAUAGUGCCUAAAAGAGUCGAAGGAAGAGGGCCCAUUCCCUCACCCUUUCCGUCGCAAUGGAAGUCUCCAGUUUUGGUAAAUAAAAGGGCUGUGGGGGGAAAACUACGAUUUCCAGCAUGCAUUGCGGAUCGAAAGGCCUUGGCCACAGUGUCCCUUGGAAACUGUAGUCUUAUGGAGAGGAACUUCCGACACUGGAAGCGGGCACGAGUCUCGCGACAGCCCAGUUGACAAAUUGAAGAGCUCCGCCCGCUUAUGCACGUCAACAGAUAUGGAUUGGAGUGUUAUGUUUUAGUAUCUUGAGAGCGGAUAAUAGGCUAAAGAACCUACAAAUCCUAGGAAGACUACAAUUCCCAUCCAUCCCCGCGAGUCUCCGGCAAGUCGUCCUCUAAGCCCCACAGCAUGGAACCACAGGUUACUCUAAAUGUGACUUUUAAAAAUGAAACUCAAAGCUUUCUAGUUUCUGAUCCAGAAAAUACAACCUGGGCUGAUGUGGAAGCUAUGGUAAAAGUUUCAUUUGAUUUGAACACUAUUCAAAUAAAAUACCUGGAUGAGGAAAAUGAAGAGGUAUCCAUCAACAGUCAAGGAGAAUAUGAAGAAGCACUUAAGAUGGCAGUUAAGCAGGGAAACCAACUGCAGAUGCAAGUCCAUGAAGGCUAUCGUGUUGUCUACGAAGCCCCACCCCCAGUUGGAGCAGAAAAACGACCAGUUGCAAGGACAGGGAAGAAGCCACUUGCACAUUAUUCUUCACUGGUGAGAGUCUUGGGAUCAGACAUGAAGACCCCGGAGGAGCCUGCAGCACAGCAGUUUCCACCUGCUCCACGUGACGCAGACCAGCCUCAAGACAAGCCCCCAGACUGGUUCACAAGCUACCUAGAGACAUUCAGAGAGCAAGUGGUUAAAGAAACAGUUGAGAAGCUUGAACAGAAAUUACGUGAGAAGCUUAUCCUCCAGAAUCCAUCCUUGGGUUCCUGUCCUUCAGAAGUCUCAAUGCCUAUUUCAGAGGAAACACUGUUUUUGCCAGAAAACCAGUUCAACUGGCAUAUUGCUUGCAGCAGCUGCCAAAGGAGGAUCGUCGGUGUGCGCUACCAGUGCAGCCUCUGCCCAUCCUACAAUAUCUGUGAAGAUUGUGAAUCGGGGCCAUAUGCCCAUGACUCCAACCAUGUCCUGCUGAAGUUGCGGAGACCUGUUGUGGGUUCCUCUGAACCCUUCUCUCACUCGAGGUUCUCUACUCCUCGUCUUCCUGCUGCUCUGGAACAGGCCAGACUCCAGAAACAGGUUGACAAGAACUUUCUUAAAGCAGAAAAGCAAAGGUUGCGAGCUGAGAAGAAACAGCGUAAAGCAGAGGUCAAGGAACUUAAAAAGCAGCUUAAACUCCACAGGAAGAUUCAUCUGUGGAAUUCGAUCCAUGGGCUCCAGAGCCCCAAGUCUCCUUUGGGCCGACCCGAGAGCCUGCUGCAGUCUAACACCCCAAUGCUCCCUUUGCAGCCCUGUGCCUCAGUUAUGCCAACCCUCAGUGCAGCAUUUGUGGAUGAGAAUUUGCCUGAUGGGACUCACCUCCAGCCAGGAACCAAGUUUAUCAAACACUGGAGGAUGAAAAAUACAGGAAAUGUAAAGUGGAGUACAGACACAAAGCUCAAGUUCAUGUGGGGAAAUCUGACUUUGGCUUCUACAGAAAAGAAGGAUGUUUUGGUUCCCUGCCUAAAGGCCGGCCAUGUGGGAGUUGUGUCUGUGGAGUUCAUUGCCCCAACCCUGGAGGGAACAUACACUUCCCACUGGCGUCUUUCUCACAAAGGCCAGCAGUUUGGGCCUCGGGUCUGGUGCAGUAUCAUAGUGGAUCCUUUCCCCUACACAGAGAGCUCUGAUAACAUUGAAAAGAGCACGAUCAGCUCAAGCAAAGGUGCUGAUCUCACCUGCCAGCAAGAGGAAGCUCUUCUUCUGGCUAAAGAAGAAAUUCCACCUGGUGAAACAACUGAGCAGGCAGAAGGGACAGGAACCUGCAUCCCACAGAAGGCCAAAAAUGCUGCCAGCGAGAGGGAGCUCUACAUCCCAUCUGUGGACCUUCUGACUGCCCAGGACCUGCUGUCCUUUGAGCUGUUGGAUAUAAAUAUUGUCCAAGAGUUGGAGAGAGUGCCCCACAACACCCCUGUGGAUAUGACUCCCUGCAUGUCUCCUCUGCCACAUGACAGUCCUUUAAUAGAGAAGCCAGGCUUGGGGCAGAUACAGGAAGAGAGUGAAGGGGCGGGAUUUAAAGAACUUCCUGAUUCCACAGUGUCAGUAAAGAAGAGGGCUGAGAACAUUUCUUCAGUGGAGGAAGCAGAAGAUGACCUGAGUGGGACCCAGUUCGUGUGUGAGACUGUAAUCCGAUCCCUUACCUUGGAUGCUGCCCCGGAUCACAAACCACCUUGCAGACAGAAGUCCACGCACAGGGCAGAAUUUCAGUUGCACACCACAGAGGAGCAGCAGCCGGUUGUGCUGCCUGGAUUCUGCAGCAAGGAGUCUUCUUUGAAAUUUGCCCCACCCGAAGAGGGACCACUCGGAGACGAGAGGGAAGAGGUUGUCCGUAUUGUUGAAGAAGAAGCUGUCAUGGAGGAGGAGGAGGAGGAUGAGCUCAGAGAUGAAGUUCAGAGUCAGUCCUCUGCUUCUUCGGAGGAUUACAUCAUCAUCCUGCCUGAGUGCUUUGACACCAGCCGCCCCCUGGGGGACUCCAUGUACAGCUCUGCCCUCUCACAGCCAGGCCUGGAGCGAGGGGCUGAAGGCGAGCCUGGGGUUGAGGCUGGGCAGGAACCAGUCGAGGCUGGGGAGAGACCCCCUGGAGGGGAGAACCAGCCACAGGGGCACAGCAUCAAUGAUAUCCUUAUGACCUCACAGACUCUGGACACAGUGCCCCUGACCCCAGAGGUGGUAGGGCCUUCGCCACGGCUGCCCAGGAGUCCUCCGUAUGCACAGCAUCAUGGUUCCCCAGGAGUGGAUUUACCAGUUACCGUACCAGAAGUUUUUUCAGUCCCUGAUCAGAGCAGAGGAGAGCUCAGAGGCUCAUCAGGACUUGUAAACAGCAGACAGAAGAGCUCUGACCACUCAAGGUAACGGGGGCUUCCUUGUGCAGCCCCUCCUUCAGAAGCAGAGGGAUAUCCUAGUAUUGCCUCCGCUUAAACGAGCCUCUCAGAGCAUGUGCCACCUGCCGAGAGAGGAGGAGAGC